GCUGGUUGAAGAUUCUCCAUAUUGCUCUAUUAUGUGGUUCUUGAAGAUACAAAUCAUACAAAUUCUUUCUACAUUUCACCAAAGAUUUUUCAUUCCAACUUGCUCUACCCCACACCUCCAAUUCUUCUUAUAUAAAGGACCAAAAUUUUCUUCCACAUUUCAAAAUCAUCUCUUCCUUGAGUCUUAUUGCUUACACAAAAUCUUCCACAUUUUGAAUAACCUUUUUCUUAUCUAAACCAUCACUAUUUUGUCAACUUUCGAAACCUUAAGAGUCUUAAGAGUCUGUUUGGUGUUCAGGAUAUAUAAGCCGGUCAUAGCCUCAGAGUAAUUUUUGUUUGUAGCUCAAGAAAUGGCCUCAAUGUCAGCAUCUGGUUCAUGGAGUGGUAAGGAGAACAAAGCAUUUGAAAGGGCAUUAGCUGUUUUCGAUAAGGACACGCCUGAUCGUUGGUCCAAUGUUGCUAAAGCUAUUGGUGGAGGGAAGACUGCUGAGGAUGUCAAGAGACACUAUGAACUUCUUGUUAGGGACAUUAGGCACAUUGAAUCAGGUCAAGUUCCAUUCCCAAAUUACAACAACAAUGCUGCCUUCGACGAGGAGAAAAGGUUUAGAAACAUAUGAAGCUCCAGUGACCAAAUGGUGUCAACAAUAAAGAAUUUCUCAUGUAAUUGUAAUUUUUAGAAUCAUUGGAUUAGGUAUAAGUAUAUGAUGUUUCAUAUAUGUAGUGCCAGUGAUGUAACAUUAGUGAAAGUAUUUGUCAUAAGAAUCAUAUAUCCCAUGAUUCCAUGUCCCACUAUCUUGUCGUUGGAAUAUCAAUGGUUCUGGUUUUUGUUCCAUUCCAACCCUUAAUAAAAUUAUAUAAUUUUAUUUUAUUUUUUA